GUUUCUGAGAAGAAUCAGUGGGGAGAAAUUGUUGAAGAGUUCAACUUUCCCAGAAGUUGUUCUAACGCUGCCUUUGCUUUAAAACAGUAUUACUUGCGUUAUCUAGAAAAGUACGAGAAAGUUCACCAUUUUGGGGAAGAUGAUGAUGAGGUACCACCAGGCAAUCCAAAGCCACAGCUUCCUAUUGGUGCAAUCCCAUCUUCCUACAAUUACCAGCAACACAGUGUGUCAGAUUAUCUACGUCAAAGUUAUGGGUUAUCUAUGGAUUUUAACUCGCCAAAUGAUUAUAAUAAACUGGUGCUUUCACUGUUAUCUGGACUCCCAAAUGAGGUGGACUUCGCUAUUAACGUGUGCACUCUCCUGUCAAAUGAAAGCAAGCAUGCCAUGCAGCUUGAAAAGGACCCCAAAAUCAUCACCUUACUACUUGCUAAUGCUGGGGUGUUUGAUGACACUUUAGGAUCAUUCUCUACUGUCUUUGGAGAAGAAUGGAGAGAGAAGACCGAUAGAGACUUUGUUAAGUUUUGGAAAGACAUUGUUGAUGACAACGAAGUGCGUGACCUCAUUUCUGACCGGAACAAGGCUCAUGAAGAUACAUCAGGAGAAUGGCUUUGGGAAUCUUUGUUUCAUCCACCUCGAAAGCUGGGCAUUAAUGACAUUGAAGGCCAGCGGGUACUUCAGAUUGCAGUGAUCUUGCGGAACCUUUCCUUUGAGGAGGGCAACGUUAAGCUCUUGGCAGCUAAUCGCACCUGUCUUCGUUUCCUAUUACUCUCUGCACAUAGUCAUUUUAUUUCAUUAAGGCAAUUAGGCCUUGACACGUUAGGAAAUAUUGCAGCUGAGCUUUUAUUGGACCCUGUUGAUUUCAAAACUACUCAUCUGAUGUUUCAUACUGUUACAAAAUGCCUAAUGUCAAGGGAUAGAUUUUUAAAGAUGAGGGGCAUGGAAAUUUUGGGAAAUCUUUGCAAAGCAGAGGAUAAUGGUGUUUUGAUUUGUGAAUAUGUGGAUCAAGACUCAUAUAGAGAGAUAAUUUGUCACCUCACCUUGCCUGAUGUGCUGCUUGUAACCUCAACAUUGGAGGUGCUCUACAUGCUCACUGAAAUGGGAGACAUUGCCUGCACAAAAAUUGCAAAAGUAGAAAAGAGCAUAGAUAUGCUAGUGUGUCUGGUUUCUAUGGACAUUCAGAUGUUUGGCCCUGAUGCACUAGCUGCAGUGAAACUUGUUGAACAUCCAAGCUCCAGUCAUCAAGUUUUAUCUGAAAUUAGGCCACAAGCUAUAGAGCAGGUCCAAACCCAGACCCAUGUAGCAUCUGGCCCAGCUUCCAGAACAGUUGUGACACAGCAUGCCGCUCCACCUCCAGGAAUAGUGGAAAUAGAUAGUGAAAAGUUUGCUUGUCAGUGGCUGAAUGCUCAUUUUGAAGUAAAUCCAGAUUGUUCAGUCUCUCGAGCAGAAAUGUAUUCUGAGUACCUCUCAACUUGUAGUAAAUUAGCUCGUGGUGGCAUCCUCACAUCAACUGGGUUUUACAGGUGUCUGAGAACAGUUUUUCCAAAUCAUACAGUGAAGAGAGUGGAGGAUUCCAAUAGCAGUGGGCAGGCACAUAUUCAUGUCAUAGGAGUGAAACGGAGGGCUAUACCACUCCCCAUCCAGAUGUACUAUCAGCAACAGCCAGUUUCCACUCCUGUUGUCCGCGUUGAUUCUGUUGCUGAUGUGUCUCCAACACCUUCACCUGCAGGAAUCCCUCAUGGAUCACAAGCUGUAGGAAAUCAUUUUCAGAGGACUCCUGUUACCAAUCAAUCUUCAAAUUUGACUGCAACACAAAUGUCUUUUCCAGUACAAGGUGUUCAUACUGUGGCACAGACUGUUUCUAGAAUUCCACCAAAUCCUUCAGUUCAUACCCACCAGCAACAAAAUGCUCCAGUGACUGUCAUUCAGAAUAAAGCCCCAAUUCCUUGUGAAGUCGUUAAAGCAACAGUAAUCCAGAAUUCUCUGCCCCAGACAGCAGUUCCUGUGAGUGUUGCUCUUGGAGGAGGACCUGCACAGACUUCUGUGGUUCAGAAUCAUAGUACAGGGCCACAACCUGUUACAGUUGUGAAUUCUCAGACAUUGCUUCACCAUCCAUCUGUGAUGCCACAACCAUCUCCAUUACACACAGUGGUACCGGGACAGAUACCUUCAGGCACUCCUGUUACAGUAAUUCAGCAAACUGUACCACAGAGUCAUAUAUUUGGAAGAGUACAGAACAUACCAGCAUGUACAUCUACAGUUUCACAGGGUCAACAGUUAAUCACCACAUCACCACAACCUAUGCACACUUCAUCUCAACAGACAGCAGCUGGUAGCCAGCCACAAGACGCUGUUAUCAUAGCACCCCCACAGUAUGUAACAACUUCUGCAUCCAAUAUUGUGUCAGCAACUUCAGUACAGAAUUUCCAGGUAGCUACAGGACAGGUGGUCACCAUAGCUGGUGUUCCAAGUCCACAGCCCUCCAGGGUUGGAUUCCAGAACAUUGCACCCAAACCACUUCCUUCUCAGCAAGUUUCAUCAACAGUGGUACAGCAGCCUAUUCAACAACCACAGCAGCCAACCCAGCAAAGUGUAGUGAUUGUAAGCCAGCCAGCUCAGCAAGGUCAAACUUACGCACCAGCCAUUCAUCAAAUUGUUCUUGCUAAUCCGGCAGCUCUUCCAGCUGGUCAGACAGUUCAGCUAACUGGACAACCAAACAUAACUCCAUCUUCUUCACCAUCACCUGUCCCAGCUACUAAUAACCAAGUACCUACUGCCAUGUCAUCUUCUUCCACCAUGCAAUCGCAGGGACCACCUCCUACUGUCAGUCAAAUGCUAUCUGUGAAAAGGCAGCAACAGCAGCAGCAUUCACCAGCACCUCCCACACAGCAGGUACAGGUACAAGUUCAACAGCCACAGCAAGUACAGAUGCAAGUUCAGCCUCAGCAAACAAAUGCAGGGGUUGCUCAGCCUGCUUCCAAUGAGUCUAGUUUGAUCAAACAGCUGCUGCUUCCAAAGCGGGGUCCUUCAACCCCAGGGGGUAAGCUUAUCCUCCCAGCACCACAGAUUCCUCCCCCUAACAAUGCACGAGCUCCUAGCCCUCAGGUGGUAUAUCAGGUGGCCAAUAACCAAGCUGCUGGUUUUGGAGUGCAGGGGCAAACUCCAGCUCAGCAACUAUUGGUUGGACAGCAAAAUGUUCAGUUGGUCCAAAGUGCUAUGCCACCAACAGGGGGAGUGCAAACCGUGCCCAUUUCGAACUUACAAAUAUUGCCGGGUCCACUGAUCUCAAAUAGCCCAGCAACCAUUUUCCAAGGGACUUCUGGCAACCAGGUAACCAUAACAGUUGUGCCAAAUACCAGUUUUGCAACUGCGACUGUGAGUCAGGGAAAUGCAGCUCAGCUCAUUGCUCCAGCAGGAAUUAGCAUGAGUGGAGCACAGGCAGGAGCCGGACUUCAGGUGCAAACGCUUCCAGCCGGACAAUCACCAUGUACCACUGCUACCCCCCCAUUCAAAGGCGACAAGAUAAUUUGCCAAAAGGAGGAGGAAGCAAAGGAAGCAACAGGUUUACAUGUUCAUGAACGGAAAAUUGAAGUCAUGGAGAAUCCAUCCUGCCGACGAGGAACCAUAAACACCAGCAAUGGGGAUACAAGUGAAAGUGAAAUACAGGUGGGAAGUCUUUUAAAUGGGAGAAAGUACAGUGACUCGAGUCUACCUCCUUCAAACUCAGGGAAAAUUCAAAGUGAGACUAUUCAGUGCUCACUAAUCAGUAAUGGGCCAUCCUUGGAAUUAGGUGAGAAUGGAGCAUCUGGAAAACAGAACUCAGAACAAAUGGACAUGCAGGAUAUCAAAAGUGAUUUGAAAAAAACCCUCGUUAAUGGGAUCUGUGAUUUUGAUAAAGGAGAUGGUUCUCAUUUAAGCAAAAACAUUCCAAAUCACAAAACUUCUAAUCAUGUAGGAAAUGGUGAGAUAUCUCCAGUAGAACCACAAGGGACUUCAGAUGCUACUCAGCAAGAUCCUGCCAAAGGUGAUGAACUAGAAAGAGUUUCUAAUGGACCUGUAUUAACUUUGGGUGGGUCACCGUCCACAAGCAGCAUGCAGGAAGCUUCAAGUGUGGUAACACAACAAUUCAGUGGUACUGACUUGUCUAACGGACCUCUAGCUUCAAGUUUGAAUUCAGAUGUGCCUCAGCAACGCCCAAGUGUAGUUGUUUCACCACAUUCUACAACCCCUGUUAUACAGGGGCAUCAAAUCCUAGCAGUUCCCCACUCAGGAUCUAGAGUGUCCCAUUCUGCCCUAUCAACUGAUGUUCGGUCUACAAAUGGCACAGCUGAAUGCAAAACUGUAAAGAGGCCAGCAGAGGAUAAUGAUAGGGAAGCAGUCCCAGGAAUUCCAAAUAAAGUAGGAGUUAGAAUUGUUACAAUCAGUGACCCCAACAAUGCUGGCUGCAGUGCAACAAUGGUUGCUGUACCAGCAGGAGCGGAUCCAAGCACUGUAGCUAAAGUAGCAAUAGAAAGUGCUGUUCAGCAAAAGCAGCAGCAUCCACCAACCUACAUACAGAGUGUGGUCCCACAGAACACUCCUGUGCCACCAUCACCAGCUGUACAAGUGCAGGGCCAGCCUAACAGUUCUCAGCCUUCUCCACUCAGUGCAUCGAGUCAGCAUGCAGAUCCAGUGAGAAAACCUGGGCAGAACUUCAUGUGUCUAUGGCAGUCUUGUAAAAAGUGGUUUCAGACACCCUCACAGGUUUUCUACCAUGCAGCUACUGAACAUGGAGGGAAAGAUGUCUAUCCAGGGCAGUGUCUUUGGGAAGGCUGUGAGCCUUUUCAGCGGCAGAGGUUUUCUUUCAUUACCCACUUACAGGAUAAGCACUGUUCAAAGGACGCUCUGCUCGCAGGAUUAAAACAAGAUGAACCAGGACAAAUGGCAAAUCAAAGAUCCUCUACCAAGCAGCCAGCUGUAGGGGGCACAGGCUCAGCUCCUAGAGCACAGAAGGCCAUUGCGAGUCACCCCAGUGCUGCACUCAUGGCUCUUAGGAGAGGUUCGAGGAACCUUGUCUUCCGGGACUUCACAGAUGAAAAAGAGGGACCAAUAACUAAACACAUCCGACUAACAGCUGCCUUAAUAUUAAAAAAUAUUGGUAAAUACUCAGAGUGUGGGCGCAGAUUGUUAAAGAGACAUGAAAACAACUUAUCAGUACUAGCCAUUAGUAACAUGGAAGCUUCCUCCACCCUUGCCAAAUGCCUUUAUGAACUUAAUUUUACAGUUCAGAGUAAAGAACAAGAAAAAGACUCGGAAAUGCUGUAGUGAAUCCUAUACCACUUACACAGCGGGGACUCAAAGUCAGAUACAUUUCACAUACUGUUACUGAAGAAAGCACCAAGUCUUAAUGGAGCAGAGACCAUAGAAUGAAUUAUUUUGUGUCGUCCCAUGAUGCCGAGAGGAAGCUUUGUAUUCUGAUCUCUGAACGAAUCCCUUUCUUUUCUGUUAAAAAAAAAAAAUCUAAAAAGGAAAAAAAAAAAAACAAAAAAACAAAAAACAACAAACUACUGUGGGAUUGUCAACCAGCUUAUCUGCAGGAUGUCUCGGGUCUGGCCAAUCCUGGUGGAGACUGGUGUGAUCAGAAUUCAGUACCAUCCACAUUGGAAUAUACAUGGAAUAGUGUAAAACCUACGUGAGCAGAUGAAAUAGAAGCAUUAAAUAUUUUUAUCUAUAUCCAAAAAGGAGCACAUUUUUAUAUUUACAAAACCAUUUAAGCUGGUUUGAAUAAAGACAAAGUUUGAGCACACCUACCCCCAGCUUCAGAGGGGCCACCGAUAUCUAGCUGUGGAUUGUGUGUUUUGUUAGAGUCAGUAGCUUGGUUUUCUUACUUGAGCCAAUAUAUUUUCACUUAUUUAUUAUCAUAAAAAUUUACCAGUCUGAAUAGAUGUUGUAAAUAUUUGUGAAUAGAAUGAACACCCUUCAUACCACUGCAGCCACUGGAAAUACAUUCUGUGGUGUCCUAGAAGCAUUAUUGGUAGGCUCUGACGUUUUCUAGACUUUCCUGUCAACUGUAAGUAAUUGUGAUAUAUUCUACGCAGUGGAUGAAUGUUCUUUAAAUUUGUGUAAAUACUUCUGCAAAGGUACUGAUGCUGUAAAGUCAAAACAGUUUUGUGGAACUGUGAUUUUUUUUUUCUUUUCUUUUUUGGUUUUCUUGGAUUUUUUCCCCCUUUUGGGUUUUUUUGUAUUAUACACCUUGUAGGACUCAUUUUGCUGGCUGAAAGAGUAUGGAAUAAUAUAUCUCAUGUCAUUUUUGUAGAAGACAAACUAUUUGAAGGGUUUUUUCUUUUUUUUUUUUCUUUUCUUUUUUGUUUCCCCUAACAUGUAUCCACUGUAAGCGUUUGUCAUGUGCAAGCUCAAAGCUUGUACAAAAUUUUUGUAUUUGUAAAUUGGUUUAAAUACAUGGAAUUUUAUACAGGUUUUCUCCUGUGUUAUAUAUGCAUUAUGUGCAGGUAUGAUAUUUUCUUCACUACUUUUUCUAUCUUAAUAUAGUGUGGAAUUUUAUUGUAUUAUUCUUCCAUUCUUAAUACUGUACCACAUUCCUGCUCAGAAACUGCUCACUUCCUUAAAUUGUCUUUUUCCCCAAGCGUGAAAUGUAUCCACUUAUAACUGCCUAUUGCCUGUUCUAUUAGCAUCCAAAAAUGUGGAAGGCCUCCCAACCACCAUUUCUGCUGUGUCCUUAGGAUGUGCAGUAUAAAAUAUAGACCUGACAGUUUAUGUUAUAGAAUGGCUUUAUUUACUUUGGUGACUGUUUAUAGUUUUUAAAUAAAAGACUGAACAUUUUCUUGAGUCCUUUAUUUCUGAGUAUGCUUAAGACAUUCUAAAAUGUACAGUAUCCUGUCUAGCUGAAGGCAAGGUCCAACGGUCACCUCCUUACUUUAUAAGCUUUUGUGAUGAUACUGUAGAGAACAGAAAGGUGCAUCACGUGACAGACACCAUGGUCAAUGUAGGAAAGAGACCAAAUUCUUGUUUACGAUAUAACGAACAGCAAGCCCAGAGAGCACCUGAUAGACAGCCGGUGCAGUUCAAGUUCAGCAUGCCUUACUGAGUGUCACGCAUCUGACAAAGCUUUUAUUGUUUAGCAUUCUGUGACUGUUGGCUCAGUUUAACUUGAAUCGGGCAGAUUCUUUGGGAUGAGCUUCAGUUCAGACAUAGAUUUUAAAUAUCUUGAUUCACUUAUUAGUACCAAAAAGUAAUUUCUCCCCAAAGGGGGAUGGAUCCCUGUCUGUGCACUCAGCUCUAUCUGUAAGAAAUAUAUGACACCGAAAACCUUGUAUUUCUCAGGAUGGUGGCAUUUGAUUUCUCCUCUAUAGACUGGGGCAGCCCAGCAGACACUCUGAAUCCAGAUACUGUAGAGUGUCCCUCAAAUAUCACCAGACUUACAAGUUCCUGAGAUCAGACAGUUGGGGAAUUUUCUAUUCACUGUGUUUAUCUAAAAAUUUGAGUUUUUCUACAAUAUUUUUUUGUAACAUCACUGUUUGCUUGUCUUCAAGGUACCUUUUUCUUUUCAAAGCAGGAAAUUACCAUGGUGGUUAAUGUUUCCUAGCAGAGGACAGGUUUAAGAAAAUGACUUCCAUAGUCCUCAUCCUGUCACCUCACUGGAUUGCAUCCUGUAGUUGCAGACUUUGUGUUAAAAUGCAUAAAUGUGUCUUUAGUGCUUUUAAGCAAUGGUCUCAGCAGAAUUUUCUAAAUGUAUUUGACCUAAGGAAACCAAUUUAUAGCGUCCCUCUUAGGAUUUCCCUCUUACAGCUUUAUCUGACUGAUGGAAUAACAUGGACUUGGUGAGGAAUGGAAUUGAAGUGCUCUUGCACUCUAGGUUCUGCUUAACCCUCGCAGUCAUGAAAAGGUGCUCCUUGCUAGACAGAAACUUGCUGACUUCCAGUAUUGUUAUUUUUGUCUAAAGUUCUGUAAAUACAAGCUUUAAUGUUAUCUUUGAGAAAUCUAUGUAAAUAAUAGUCAACAACUUAGAGACUGCACAAUUCUGUGUUAAAUAUGUGCCUAGUGCUCUGUUGGCACUUAAUAAAUUUUAAGUAACAAAACUGAUGAUCAUAUAGUGAAGGCAUAUUUUUCUUCCGACUUGAGACAGGAUAUGACUAUAUAUUAAUGAGACUCAAUAAACCAAGCCACACAUGAAAACUUGUCUCAUUACUUUAUAGCCAUGCCAUGUAUGUUUUUUAAACUAUAAAAUGACAAUAAAACUGAUUUUUGAAAUGA